GGACGAUACAAUUCAUGAAUUCUUUUUUCAAAAUGUAUGCAGGUUGAAGAAAACCAAAAUUUCCCAGCAUAAAUACCAUCGAGAAAUGAAAAGGGAGGCAAAUAGAAACCGAAGAAACUAAACUAGCUAGUAAAGCAGCCUAGUCAUCAAGUGAUCAUCAAUGGAGAAUAUUAAGCACAAAAAUUAUUCCGUCAAUGGCAUUAACAUGCACGUAGCCGAAAUUGGAGAAGGCCCGGCGGUGUUGUUUCUGCACGGCUUCCCGGACAUCUGGUACUCCUGGCGCCACCAGAUGGUUUAUCUUGCGACCAAAGGCUACCGGGCGAUUGCGCCGGACUUAAGGGGCUACGGUGAUAGCGAUGUACCGGAAGGCGGCGCCACCAGCUACACUGCCUUCCAUGUUGUCGGAGAUUUGGUGGCCUUAUUGAAAACUCUUGACCUGGAUAAGGUUUUCUUGGUUGGCCAUGAUUGGGGGGCUGUCAUCGCCUGGUAUUUUGUUAUGUUUCGUCCCGAUUUGAUCACCGCCUUGGUCAACCUGAGCGUUGUAUUCCGCCCAAGGAAUCCCGCAAUCAAACCGCUUGAUGGGUUCCGGUUACUCUUUGGAGAUGAUUACUACAUUUGCAGAUUUCAAGCUCCCGGAGAGGCGGAGGAGGAUAUCGGAAAAUAUGAUACGGCGGAGCUGAUGAAAGCGAUGCUUACGAUUAGAGAUCCGGGUCCACCGAUUAUUCCUAAGGAAGUUGGAUUUGGGAUAUUCCUUCAGAUUGUUCCUCCCACUUUGCCUGAUUGGCUUACUAUGGACGAUGUCAAUUAUUAUGCUACCAAAUUCAAACAAACUGGCUUCACUGGUGGUUUCAAUUAUUACCGAGCUAUGGAUUUGUAAGUUAGUUUCUUCCAUCCCUAGUCCCUCUUUUUUUCUUUUUCUUUUUUUUUUUCCGGUACAGUAAAAGAAUCAAAGCCUAAGAUUUAUGAGUAUAUUCCGGGGAAAAGAAAAUAAUCUCAACAACCUCGUAUUCUAGCCAAUGUUUGAUUUCUAAUCCCAACUUGUGUUGUGUUCUGAAAUAUCAUAAAGCAAAAGAGAUAUUAUGGGGAAUUUUUGUGUUGCAAUUUCUGUAAUACUAUUAUCUAAAUAAUAAUUGUUAGUUUGUUAUGUGUCUAGUCAGUUGCCCAAAUAAUUGACACUGUCGAUUUACUCCAAUUUUUUUAGGCAAUAAUUAUUGCUAAUUCAUUGUACCAAAAAAUAAUCAUUACUAAUUAGUUUCAAGAAAUUAUGUAACUGAUGUUUCAGAAACUGGGAGAUGACGGCGGCAUGGGCCGGAGCUCAGAUCAAAGUGCCGGUGAAAUUCAUGGUGGGAGAACUGGAUUUGACGUACCACGCACCUGGGGUCCAGGAUUAUAUACACAAAGGUGGAUUCAACAAAGACGUUCCAGACUUGCAAGACGUCGUUGUCAUUAAAGACGCAGCCCAUUUCGUUCACCAAGAGAAACCAGAUGAAAUCAAUUCCCACAUUUACGAUUUCAUCAGCAAGUUUUGACCCUUUAAGCUCCAUCUCAAUUCUCAGCGAAAACUUUCUUCCAUGUCAAUUAGAAAGUUGAGUUUGUCAAACUAACACAAUAUAUAUUAAUAAAUCUAUAAAACAAUAAAAGCUCAAAGUCUUUUUUUUUUUUUAGUUUCUUCUAAUUUUCUUUGGAGUUCAAAUAAAAAUUUCAAAGGAGGCAUGACUCUGUUUAUCAAGACCAUGUGAUCAUGUUUUUAAUUACUAGGGCUAA